AUGCCGUUCCAUGGUCGUCCCAGUAAAUGUUGCGGCAGUUGUCGGGAAAGACGGAUAAAGUGUGACCGGCUUGAGCCCCUGUGUUCCCAAUGCAGGAGAGCAGGCAAGCCAUGUGGCGGCUAUCGGGAUGUGCCGUCUUCAAUGUUCCGGGAUGAGAAUGACAAGGCCGCUCGACGAAGUGCAGAGGCAAAAGCUAAGACCGAGGCCCGUCGAAGAUUGGAGGAUAGUGCCCUAGAAUAUGAUAUACCCACCCCCGGCUCGCGACCCGACUGUUCUCCGUCAGAUGCAUUAGUCUGCAGGAGCAGGAGCCAAUUGAUUCGGACUCCGAGAAUUGCUGCCCCGCUGUCCAUCCCAUUGGAGGAUCAGGGGCUGAGGUUCUUUAUUAACCGUUUUGUGACAAGAAUUGUCACCAAAGAAGAUGGCUCUUUACAGAUAGGUACUGUGAAGCCAUCUCCUGAAGUUGGGGCCAUUACUCUCGAUCAGUCGAGUCGAGAUGCUAUCGUCUCGGUCGGCCUUGCUGCCUUGUCCAAUGUCAAUAAUGACAGAGAACUGCGGAUAUUAUCUCGAGAGAAACAUGUUACGGUCAUCAAGGCUGUACGAGAAGUAGUGGAGAACCCCACUCAGGCCAAUCCCGACAGAACACUCCACUUGAUCGUAAUGCUGAGUCUGUACGAGAUGGUCAGCUGUACCCCAAACCAGCUCAACUCUUGGAUAGUGCAUAUGAAUGGUGCGGCCGCGUUACUUAAACAAUCCAUCUUUCGGUCAUCACUUACCAACUUGAACCAUCGAGCUCACUUACAAUUCUACUUUGUCUCAAUUGUCAAGUAUUUCUCCAAGAGGGUUGUCACCCCAGAUCUACUGAAUUGGUCUCCUGAUCUCAUACCAUCUGCGCCACCGGAUAUCUUACCAGAUGUCGACCUAGUUGACAUACUGAUAAGAUAUACGAAGUUCGAUGCACAUGUGCAUCACCAAAAGCCCGGUUCCAGAGCAGUAGUGAACUCAGCCCUAUUAUUUGAAGAUGAACUCCGCGAGUGGGAAACUCACCUCCCGAUCCACUGGUCCUUCGCUAUAAAAGAACCCAACACAUACGAGCACACCUUUCGUGGCCAGUAUCAUGUCUACGCGAACAUGUGGGUUGCGAGAGUUUUCAACCACUACCGCUGGGCACGAUUACUGGUCAACGAGACCAUCGUAUCCCAAAUUUCGAAAAUGGCACGACCCACCGCAGACGAUGUGACAUAUGCGCCGGAACUGCAAGUCAGGAAGCUAUCUUCGAGCAAGGAGUCAAUGAAGACCCGUCAGAUAUACCACUGUUAA